AUGUCUGACCCCGAAGACGUUCUUGAUUUCCUUAAUUCACUUCCUGAAACGAAAAACAAGGCUAAUGCGCCAAGGUCCUCACUGGAGACCACAAAAUCUACUAGUAAAGAUGACGAGAUAUUUGAAUUUUUGGACGAGAUUGCGCAGCAUGAGCUGCUGAAGCCGAAGAAGAAAUUAGUUCCAAAACAAAAGGAGGGUACUAGUUCUACCACGACGAUACCUGCCUCCAUUCAAAAGGCAAAACCACAAGAGGAGAAAGCUGCGAGUGCUCCUCUCCCUCAUUCUUCUGCUGAUAAGAAUCCAUACGAAGAACAAAAUCAGAGUGGUAAAAAAGUAGCUAACCAAGAUAAGGGACAGGAAGAGCAAGCUGAGGAAGACCUUCCCAAUCCUAUAGCAUCUAUAUCCAAUUGGUGGUCACGCGAAGGUACCCAAAAAGUGACCAACUUAUGGGGCGCAAUUACAUCGAAUGCCGAGCGUAUUAGUGAAACGACGUAUCAAAUUGCGUCGCAAACGACGAAUCAGAUCAAUGAAAGAUCUAAACAGAUUGAUCGUGACCAAAUUGAGCAACACGUGGGGCAGUUGGGAUCGCGGUUGAAUGGUAUCUUGAGUUCAAUAUCUCAACAAAUUAAGCAAGGAUUGGAAUUAGAUGAUGUCGAUGAGGUGUUGAAUGUGCUUAUUGUUAGUGAUAUUGUCAAUUUGCAAUAUUUGGAAGACAUUGUCAGAGAAAAUUUUGAAGCAGUAAUGGAUCAGGUACAAGGAAGAAUUGGUGUUGGUGUGCAUGAGUUUUAUAAGCCACAUGGUGAACUCAAAGUUAAUAGUGAUGACAUUGGUGCCACAAAUGUCAAUACUGAUGCUAGUGAUGGAAGAGUGAGCUUGGGUACAUUUUAUGGGAAGUUGAUUGAUGGCGAAAAGUUGGCCUUGGCGAAUUUGGAAAAUGCCAUAAGGGAAUACAAGAAAGCUGAGAUCACAAAGGAAAAAGAAGAGAAAGAACAGGAAAAAGAGGAAAAAGAGGAAAAAGAGGAAAAAGAGGAAAAAGAGGAAAAAGAGGAAAAAAAGACAGCAAAGAAUGGAGAGAAGGAAGAGGAUGGCGAAGAAAUUGAUGACGACAAAGAAAUGUUGAAAUCGAAUAUUUUCCUUGCUGUCCAGCCAAUUUCAGUUGGCAAACCUGUCCAGCAACGACAAGGAGAGGAAGGAAAAGAAGAAGCAAAAGUUGUAGAAGAAAACGCCUCGACUCAAGAUCUGAUUAUUGAGUCACACAAUGCGGAGUCCUUUUCGUUUACUUUGAUACUCAACGACAUUACCAAUAACAUCACUAUCACAACAAGAACUCAACCAUUCCCCUUGAGAUGGGCUCAGUGGCUUGAUGGUGAAAAAUUACGCAAUGUGAGAAAUGAAGCAGUCGAAGAGGAGGAUGAAAGUGUCGAUCCAAAAGAAUGGGUCAAGGAUUGGAUUAGACAAGGCUUGAAUUUGGGUGUGGGUGUAUUAGCUCAGGAAUAUGUAAUCAAACGGAUGGGUAUUUGA